AUGGCGGAGGGCUUGCUUGCUGACCCGGGGCUGGCUGUUGUUGCGACGGGGCACGUGGCUGUGGCGCGGCCGGAAAUGGCGGAUGGCUUGCGCGAUGGCCGGGGGGCGCUUGCUGCUGCGGCUGGGCAAGUGGCUGCGGUGCGGCCGGAAACGGCCGAGGGCUUGCCUGCUGGUCGGGGGGCGCUUGCUGCUGCGGCGGGGCAAGCGGUUGUGGCGCGGCCGGAAAUGGCGGAGGGAGUGAUUCCUCAAUAUCGAGGGGGCGGCGGGGCUGUGACGCGGCCGGAAACGGCGGAGGGUUUGCUUGCUGGCCGGGGGGUGCUUGCUGCUGCGAUUGGGAAAGCGGUUGUGGCGCGGCCGGAAAUGGUGGAGGGCUUGUUUGUUGGCCCAGGGGCGCAUGCUGCUGUGACUGGGCAAGCGGUUGCACCGCGGUCGGACAUGGUGUAG